GACAUGAAGAAGCGGCGGCGCGGCGGCGGCGGCUGAGGCGGGGGUAGCGACAGAGCCGAGGCUUGCGGCGGCACUCGGGGCGGCGAGCGUGACGCGGCCUAGAGCGGCAGACGGCGCAGCCGGGCCGAGGGAGAGGCGCGGCAGCCGCCCCGGCCCAUCAUGGAGAUGGAGAAGGAGUUCGAGCAGAUCGACAGAGCUGGGAGCUGGGCGGCCAUUUACCAGGAUAUCCGACAUGAAGCCAGUGACUUCCCAUGCAGAGUGGCCAAGCUUCCUAAGAACAAAAACCGAAACAGGUACAGAGACGUCAGUCCCUUUGAUCACAGUCGGAUUAAACUUCAUCAAGAAGAUAACGACUAUAUCAAUGCUAGUUUGAUAAAAAUGGAAGAAGCCCAAAGGAGUUACAUUCUCACCCAGGGCCCUUUACCCAACACCUGCGGUCACUUCUGGGAGAUGGUGUGGGAGCAGAAGAGCAGGGGUGUCGUCAUGCUCAACAGAGUGAUGGAGAAAGGAUCGUUAAAAUGUGCACAGUACUGGCCACAGAAAGAAGAGAGAGAAAUGGUCUUUGAAGACACAAAUUUGAAAUUGACAUUGAUCUCGGAAGACAUUAAGUCCUAUUACACAGUACGACAGCUGGAAUUGGAAAACCUCAUGUCUCGAGAAACCCGAGAGAUCUUACAUUUCCACUAUACCACGUGGCCUGACUUCGGAGUCCCCGAAUCGCCGGCCUCGUUUCUGAACUUUCUCUUCAAAGUCCGCGAGUCGGGCUCGCUCAGCCGUGAACACGGCCCCAUUGUGGUUCACUGCAGCGCCGGCAUCGGCAGGUCGGGCACCUUCUGCCUGGCUGACACCUGCCUCUUGCUGAUGGACAAAAGGAAAGACCCUUCUUCUGUUGAUAUCAAGAAAGUUCUGUUAGAAAUGCGGAAAUUUCGGAUGGGGCUGAUCCAGACAGCAGACCAGCUCCGCUUCUCCUACCUGGCUGUGAUCGAGGGCGCCAAGUUCAUCAUGGGAGACUCUUCAGUGCAGGAGCAAUGGAAAGAGCUCUCCCACGAGGAUCUGGAGCCCCCACCUGAGCACGUCCCCCCACCUCCCCGGCCCCCCAAGCGAGUCCUUGAGCCACACAACGGGAAGUGCAAGGAAUUCUUCCCCAACCAUCAGUGGGUAAAGGAUGACACUGAGGAGGAGGAUAAAGAAGACGGUCCCAUCAAGGAAGCAACCAGAGCCCCGUUAAACGCCCCCUGCAGCCUGGAAAGCGCGAGUCAAGACACUGAAGUCAGAAGGCGGGUCGUGGGUGCAGACCCUGCGCAGGGGGAGCCGUCGCCGCCUGCAGAGGAGCGAGACCAGCCGCUGAGCCACUGGAAGCCCUUCCUAGUCAACGUGUGUGUGGCCACGGUCCUCACGGCCGGCGCGUACCUCUGCUACAGGGUCUGUUUCCACUGACGGACGUGCUGGCCAGACUGCCUGCAGAAAGCCUGGCCUUCGCCCGGCGGCGGCGCUCAGUGCCAGGGAGGCCCUGAGCCCGUCCGGAAGAAGCAGGCCAGAGGUUUUCAGAGUCUAGAACUGUGAGGGCUAACGGGAGAGGACUGGGGAUUGGCGCACUGGGGGCUGGAGGUGCUGAGGCCCCAGGAGUGGAGGAGUCUGAUCUCAGGGCCUUAACCUAUUCAGGAGUAAGUAGAAGAAAUGCCAAAUACGUCUCUCUCUCUCUUCCUUUUUUUUUUGUUCGUUUUUGAAAAAAAAAAAAAAAAUAGAAUUACAACACAUUGUUGUUUUUAACCUUUAUAAAAAGAAGCUUUUUGUUAUUUCUGGGGUUGGGGGGAGAAAAGACCAGGCACUUAUGAAACUGCCUUGUGCCCUUAGGUGGCCUCACCAGAUACAGUUUUUAUUUGAUUUCCCAGGGAAAGACUCCCACACAUGUACGAAUGUAAACUCCCUUGGUGAAGAGGGUUGAGAGUCGGACCCCGUCUGGCUUGAGCACAGCCCCUGCUGCGGGCUUCCCCCACUGGGAGAAGGAGAGCAGCGAAGGCCGUCUCUAGAAAUCAGAACCUGGCUUCUGCUUCUGCUCAGGGUGUCCCGCCUCCGUUUCCCCACACAGCCCUCCCCUCACGGCUCCCCACUCAGGGUCCCCUGGGGCCAGAGGUCACCGCAGGGCGGCCGCCAGUCCUCCACCCAGGCCUCGAGACCCAGAUGGAGCAGGUACUGCUCGGCUCGGAAUAGGAAUCCUGUCUCGGCAGAAAUCCCCCCAGUUGGAACGUGUCACUGUUCAAGUUAAGGAAAAGGUCAAGGAGGAGCCUCAAACCUCCAGUCACGGAAAUCACCUCCCAAGAUGAUUCGUUCUUUAUUGGUUUUUCACGUUUUACCUCUUUUCUAAGCAAUCAUCUUUGCAUCCAGUGGUUUAGCAGCAUGCAAACAAUUUUUUGUUCAGAGGUGAUUUUGGGGAAGGCAGAGCUCCUGUGAAAAAUCAAACUGUUCAUGGGAGGCGGGGGCAGCCAGGGUGUGCGUGCGUCUGCAGCUCUGCAGCUCCGGGCUCGUCUGGAAAUGCUUGGUUUCUUUUCAGUUCCUGUUCAGCAGCGACACACAGCCUGACCCAGCGCCAGCCUCGUCCGCCUGGCGGGCAGCCGCCGUGGGUGAGGCUACAGGCAAGGCCGCAGCCGCCCGCUAGCCACGGGUCUGCA